AUGUCAUUAAGUUUAAGUGAUUUGACCAAUCAAUCAUUAGACAAGAUCAAAAAGACAAUUACUAAAAAAUAGUUUGAAUUGAAACAAACAAUAGAAGAAACUUAAUGUAACAUAUUAUUUCUAUUACAAGAACUCAAAGAUUACUUUGAUGCUAAUCACUUAAUAAAAGUGUAUUAAUAGUGCAUAGAAUCAAAACAAGUUAAGCUGAUAGAGCUAGCCUUGUUUGACAUAAAAGUAUCAAAUAUCUUAUUGAUAGAAUCUAGUUGAACAAGGUUUUUUUGCAGGAGAAUAAAAGAUUGGAGAUAAAAGAGCCAUUAAUGUGAUUUUGGAAAUUGUCUUAUCUUGCUAAUAAGAAAAGGAGGAAACAUUGUAAAUUCAUAUGAUCAAAGCCAUUCAAACUAUUAUGACUAAUAGGAAGCAUCAUAUUUAUGGAGAAUUAACCACUCAGGUAUUUUAAUUACUCAUCAAUUUGCAUUCAGGUUGUCAACAUAUUCAAUAUUAUAGUCUCUAAAAUUGUUGCAAUUGUCAACGCUAGUAAGGAGGCAAGUCAGAAAAUAGUUAGUACUUAUUUUUAAAGAUUGGAAGACUUUGGUAUUUUAACAGAAUCUGAGUUUCAACAAGCUAUUUAAAAGUAGGAAAAUCAAGGAUAAUUGAUUUUGGGUAAAUGUAGGGCUAUGGUGAAUGCUGAGUAAUAUAUGAGAUCAUUGAUGACUUCAUUAAUUGACGAGGUCUAGAUCUACAGUGAGAGAAGAUAAGUAUAUGAUAGACAAAUAGAAGAUCUAAAUUAGAUGAAAGUAAUUGAUUUAAAUCUCUGUGAACCUAACUUACGUAAUGUAAUAGUUGAAAGAAACUCGAUCUAAGUUUAUGUUACCAAUGAACAGAACAUUAAAAAUGGAAAAUUUGGAUGGUGUAUUGUAUGCAGAAAGUAAGCAUCACAAUAUUGUAAGGAAACUAAAGUACCUGUUUGUAGCAAAGAGUGCAAAUUUGUGCAUCUUAAUUAGAUGAACAAUUUCUCAUAAUGCUAUCAACAUUCUAACUACAGUGAAUUAUAUUGCAAAGAUGCCCUUGACAUAUUGGAAAUGCUAUGUUAAUUGAGUUAAAAAGAUAAUGCUAAUUCUCAAUUAAAUUAAAUGGCUAGUAAAUGCAAGACCCUUUCUCUCGAAUUAAUCUAUGAAGCCUUGGCUCAAAGCAAUAUCAUAUUACAAAAUAAACCAAAAUUCAUUUAAAUGAUAAAAGAACAAUUAUUGGAAUCUCUUUUGAAGAAUUCUCUUUCAGCAGAGAAAUAAUUACUAAUAUCAUCUCUUAAUAUCUUUAUUUAAUUGAUUUGGAAGGUCAGAAGUCAUCUCAAGAAGGAGUUAGAAGCUUUAAUCGAAAAUAUUUAUUUUAAGUUCUUAGACAGCAGCAAUAGUUCCUUUGAUCACAAAUAAUACACGCUUAAAGUAUUUAAUAAAAUAAUGACCAAACCAAGAGUUGUAAUUGAAAUCUUUGUUAAUUAUGAUUGUUCUUUAGGAUAAAAUAAUCUACUAAAAAAGAUCUUAGACAUGUAGUGCAGGAUCAUCUAAGGCAGAUUCAGUAAAUAAGAGUUUCAAGCUUCCAUUACUCAAAAUUAAGAGAUCUAUCUAAAAUCCUUAUGUCAAGACAACUAUUAUGGAUAUAUUAAAUGCCUUAAAGACUUUUGUGAAUAGAAUGAGGACGCAUAAAAUCUCAUAUAAGUCUAAUAACUUGAUGAGUAGGAAGACACUACUAUUCAAUCCUAACAAUUAUCGCAGGACCCAAUUGAGAAAUAAAAAUAGAUGAAAUUGGAAAUGAAUAAAGCAGUAUAGAAAUUCAAUUUCAAGCCUGAACACUGCAUAAAACACUUGAUUGCUUGUUAGUUUAUGGAGACAAGAGACCCUAAAUUGUUUGCCUAAUUUCUAUGGGAAAAUCGAGAUUUAAACAAGGACAAAUUAGGAGAAUUAUUUGGUUGUUCAACCGAAUUCAAUUAAUAAGUCUUCUAAUAAUACAUAGAUUUUAUGAAUUUUAAGGAUUUGUAAGUAGAUGAAGGUUUAAGAUAUAUGCUUGAAUUCUUCACAUUGCCAGGAGAAUCUUAAUAAAUAGAUAGAAUUAUGGAAAAAUUUGCAUCUAAAUACUGCAUUGAUAAUCCUGGAAUCUAUUAAUCAGCUCAAGCUGCCUACACACUGUCUUAUCUAUUAAUGAUGUUGCAAACGGAUUUACACAAUGAGAAAAACCUAGAGAAAAUGACAGUUCCUUAAUUCUUUAAUCUAGCCAAAGGUAUUAAUGACGGUGAAAAUCUUCCAUAAGAUUUAUUGCUUGGGUUUUACCAAAGAAUCUAAAAGACUCCACUUGCAUUACAUGCUAAAGAAUAAGCUAAAAAAGCACUUGAGUAAGCUAACUAAGUGGAUUAAAGAAGGAAACAUGCAUUGUUGGCCAAAGAGGCUGAGGAGUCUCUAAAAAAGUGGUUUAAGGAACACCCUAAUUAAGAUGCUUAUUUCUAUGCUAAUUCUAUUGAUCAUGUCAAAUCCCUCUUAUAAUAAACUUGGAGUGCUAUUUUCGCUUCGAUUAGUGUAUUUCUAGAAUAAACAGAAGAUAAAGUAUAGAUCGCCUUAUGUUUUGAGACUAUUCAAUUCUGUAUCUAUUUGAUGGGUAGAUUUGACUUAGAUGAAGAAAAGGAUACCUUUAUCAGUUUUUUAUAGAGAUAUUGUACUGGUAUUCCAAAUACUUAUAGAUAAAUGGUGGGAAUUAAGACAUUAAUAAAAGCAACAAUCUAAUCUGGUUAAUAUUUAAGGAAGAGUUGGAAAGUAGCCUUGUAAUUAGUUUCAAGAUUAGAAAUCCUGCAUUAAGCUGUGAAGAAAAUAAAGGUUGAUUCUCCUUAGAAGGAAAGCUAUAAUCAAGAGGAUAUUCAAAACAUCGAGGGAUUGUUUUAAAUUAUAUCCUACGAUUAAAUUGAUAAGAUAUUCAAUAUGUCGAUUAAUUUAGAUUCAAAUUCCAUUUUGGAAUUCAUAAGAGCCUUAUGUGAGUUAUCAAAGGAGGAAAUCAAAUAAAAUAGAACAUUCUUGUUGAGCAGAAUGAUUGAGGUUGCGGAUUUUAACAUGAAUAGAAUCAAGAUUGUAUGGUCUCGAAUGUGGGAGAUAAUGAGGGAACAUUUUCUGGAAGUAGGAUGUCAUAAGAAUGUUGAUUUAGCAAUUUAUGCUCUAGAUUAAUUAAAGUAGUUAAGUUGCAAAUUUUUACAACAACCUGAAUUAGCUAACUAUCAUUUCUAGAAAGAGUUUCUAAUGCCUUUUGAAUAGAUUUUUAGUCACAGUCAAGCGCAAUCUCAAUAUAAAAUUUAGCUAAGAGAAUACUUAUUAUCUUGUAUGUGUAUGAUAACUAAUGUGUGUUUUAAUUCGCUUAAAAGUGGUUGGAAAAUCAUAAUGAAUAUAGUUAAUUAGGCACUUCAAGAAGAUUAAUAGUAGCUAGUAAGAUUGUGUGUGCAGAUUACUGAUAAAAUAAUGGAGGAUGUAAAUAAUCAAUAGGUUAAUCAAGAAAUAUAUAUGGAACUAAUUUAAGCAUUAAUAAAAUUGACCAAGAACAAGGAAAUUAAUAUUGUUGAGAAUGCUAUCAAAUAAUUGAAGUCAUUAAUUGAUCACAUUGCAUUGAUAAAAAACAAUGACAAUAAAUUUUUGGAUUCCUUGUGGAUUCCUGUAUUGUCAUCUUUAUCUAUUUUAUACAGCGAUGAGAGAGUAGAUGUUCAAUAAUUAAGUGUUCAAACACUCUUUGAGUUGCUUUAAAAACAUGGAGUUUAUUAAACAAAUGAAUUCUGGAAGAUGAUAUUGAGGGGAGUAAUAAGACCAUUAUUUGACGAAAUCCAAUUUUAGAAAUCGCAAACCAUCAAAUAAUAGUAAUCCAAGAAAUCUAUAGCAUCAACUUGCAAAAUGACUUUUUAAUUGUUUACUGACUUAGUGAUUUCACAAAUUCAAUAGAUUUAGCCUUGCAUUAAUGAUUUAAUAGACAUAUUCGUAUAACUUGUCUUAUAAACCCAAGAUGUAAAUAUAUUCUAUUAUAAAUUUAGUAUAUCUCUAUUUUAUGUCUUCAAUCGCUUAAGAAAAUAAUCUAAAAUGUGGGACAAUCAUUAACAGAAGAUAAUUGGAAUGUGUUAAUUGAAUAGAUACAACAUUUAUUGUAAUAAUGCUCUCCAACUGAAUUGUUAGAGGCAUUUAAUUUGGAUGAAGAUUUUUAGAAACCUUUGGAUCAAUUAUUAAAGGAAGAGAUUAGACCCAAAAAGUUAAGUCUUAAGAUAAAUGCCACAGAAUGUUUAUCUAAAUAAUCUAUCUAAGAAAGAUGUUUGGAGAUUUUAGAAGUAUAGGUGACACAAUUUUAAAAUCAUAUUACUUAACAAAAUAAAUAAUAGAUUUUGUAAUUAUUUCAGGAAUCAUAUUAAAAAUGUAAAAGAUUUAACACCAAUUUAUAUAUGAGAUAUUUCUUGGAACAAUGGGCAGUUGAUUGGAAUUCCGUAUAGAGAAGUUCAUAAGAAUUUGAUGAUUUGGAGAAUACUUACACUACUCAAAAAAAACAAUUGAGUUUUAUAAAUAUUGAGUUAUUAGCAGCUAGGGUCAUUGUCACUUUUAGUAAUGACCCUUUCUCUUUUGUAGAAUAAUUGGUCUCAAGGUUUCUUGAUGCCUAUAAUGGGUUAUCAUAACCAUAACAUCGUUAGGACACUUUGAAUGGCAAUCUAGAACAAUUAAGACAUCUUGAAUCUUAGAUUGUCAUCAGUAGAUUACAAUAAUUGUUUAUGGAAACUGUAUUCCCUUUGUUAAAGCAGAAUUUGAAAUAAAAAGUUGUAAGCAAGUGGCUGAUUCAAUUACUAAAGGCUGGGUUAAAUGUUUCAGGGGUUGAAAAUAAAGAGUAUAAUAAAAUUUUGGUAAAUUUAUUGGAGGAAAUUAUAAAUUAUGAGAACAACGCAUUUUGA